AGAGGUCAGAGGUCGGAGAGGGUAGACUGCGUUCCCUCGGGCCACUUAGAAAGGACUUGGAUUGUCCCUUUCCUGGAAGUUGAAGAGCUGGGAGAGGCCCGCAGCGCUAGUCUGCACCGCUUCUCCAUCCCAGAAGUGCCAGCCUCUGUUUUGCUGCGUCUCUCCGAAGAAGGUGGAGACCGUGAGAAAGAGGCUGUUUUUCUCCGGUGGACUGGGGCCUGCCGGGCAUUGUUCCAGCGUCCACACUCCGUGCCGAGGGGCUGUCGCACUCCCCAGCCUCGCGGUGGCUGGUGUGCGGGGAGCGAUCGGGCGCUGACCACCAGGCGCUGCCUCCCUGACCCGCUCCGCGGUCUGUCGGGAACAACCGAAUACUGUUUUUCGAUCUCCAAAAAUUCCUUUUGAGUCUCUUGUGUAGCUUCAAUUUCUCUUCUUCAUCCUCGUGUUUCUAUUGACUUACCGGAAUUUAUCAAGACUAUUUACAAUAGCUGAAAAUAUUUACACUAGACACAAGAGUUCACAUUUACCAGAAAAAACUUGAAAAUGAGUAGCCGACGGAAACGUGCUCCUCCAGUGAAGAUGGAUGAAGAAAAGCAGCAGCAGCUUCGUUGGAACAUGUAUGAGGACAGGAGGAAUGAACCUCUCACCUUAAGCGAUGAUGAGCACUCCUGCCCCGCUGCAGACUCCUCUUCUGCUGACUGCAUCAUCCUAGAAGAUCAUCUAAAGGAAGAAGUGGCUUACAGAGAUAAGUGUUCAGAGGAAGUGUGCCUCUCAAAAUCAAUUGAAAAAGAAGAGUGUAUUGGUACUUUUUCCCCUUUGUCUGUGAAGUUGAAUAUUGUGAUUUCUCCCCAUCAUGCUGAUAAUUCUUGGAAAGCAUUUCUAGGAGAAUUAACUCUUCAGCUUCUUCCUGAACAGAAUUUAAUUGAAAAUUUUUCUGAAAGGAGUUUUACAUUGAUGAGUUCAGGGUCAAAAAGUCAGUUCCUGAUCUAUGUUCACUCAAAAUCUGAAGAUGUAGAAAAACAGGAAAAAGGACUUGGAGAAUCAGUCGAUAUUUGUGACAUGGGUAUUCAAGUGGAAUCAUCCGUCAGUGAUGAAAUGUUAGAAGAUUUGGGGUGGCUGCAAAAGAAAAGAAGAAUAAAACUUUACCAAAGACCUGAAGGAAAUCACAUUAUCAAGGUUGGAAUUUAUCUUUUGGAAGCUGGCCUAGCAAAACUUGACUUUUUCAGUGAUGCAAAUUCGAGAAUGAAAAAGUUCAAUCAGCUCAUGAAGAGAGUAAUGGAAAAGCUAUAUAAUUUUAUUAUUCCAGACAUGUUGGAAGAGGAUCAGGAAGAUUCAGAGAACGAGCCAGAGGGCCAGGACAUUGAUGAGCUCUAUCACUUUGUGAAGCAGGCACAUCAGCAAGAAACACGGUCUGUCCAAGUGGAUGUCCAGCAUCCUGCACUGAUGCCUGUGUUGAGACCCUACCAGAGGGAGGCUGUCAACUGGAUGCUGCAACAAGAGCAUUUCAGAAGCACUCCUGCUGGUGAAAGUGCCCUGCACUUCUUAUGGCGAGAGAUUGUUACAUCUGAGGGUUUGAAACUCUACUAUAAUCCAUACACGGGCUGCAUCAUUCGUGAGUACCCAAAUCCUGGGCCACAGUUGCUUGGAGGAAUCUUAGCAGAUGAGAUGGGCCUUGGAAAGACAGUGGAGGUUUUGGCUUUGAUUCUGACACAUACCCGAGAAGAUGUCAAACAAGAUGCUCUCACGCUUCCUGAGGGAAAAGUGGUGAAUUAUUUCACUCCAUCCCAAUAUUUUGGAGGAAAAGUGAAAGACACUGAAACCCAGAAUAUGGAAUUUGAACCAAAGGAAAAAGUUCAUUGCCCCCCUACCCGUGUGAUGAUCCUGACAGCUGUAAAAGAAAUGAAUGGAAAAAAAGGAGUUUCCAUCCUUUCUAUCUACAAGUAUGUCAGUUCUACAUAUAGGUAUGAUGUUCAGCGGAAUAGGAGUCUUCUGAAACGGAUGCUGAAAUGUUUAAUUUUCGAAGGUCUUGUGAAACAAAUCAAAGGCCAUGGUUUUUCUGGAACUUUUACAUUGGGAAAGAAUUACAAGGAAGAAGAUAUACAUGAUAAAACAAGAAAGCAGGCAGUAGGGAGUCCAAGAAAACUUCAGAAAGAGUCCAGAAAAUCAGGGAACAAGGACACAGAUUCUGAAUACUUGCCGUCAAACACCUCUGAUGAUGAUGAUGACCCUUACCAUUACUACUAUAAGGCAAGGAGGACUCGUAGCAAAUUGAGGAAAAAAUCUGUCCCGCCCACAAAAAAAGGAAAAAGUCAACCUGAUAUCGAUCCUGAUUCACAAGGUCAUUGUCUAGCUACCAGUGACUCUGGGAUUACUGAUGUUACUAUGCCUGAAAAUACAUGUACCUCUGAGAUCAAGCAAGAACAUCAAGCCAAGGACCACAUUGACUCUGUGAACCCUGCUGGUAGUGAUACACCGCAUUCUGAUAUUGUGAGUCCCUAUAACACCUCUGACUAUCGCUUUGAGUGUAUAUGUGGUGAACUUGACCAGAUGGACCAGAAGCCUCGUGUCCAGUGCCUGAAAUGCCACCUGUGGCAACAUGCAAAAUGUGUGAAUUAUGAAGAGAAGAAUCUGAAAAUUAAGCCUUUUUACUGUCCCCACUGCCUUGUUGCAAUGGAGCCAGUAUCAACUAGAGCAACUCUGAUCAUCUCGCCCAGUUCCAUCUGUCACCAGUGGGUGGAGGAGAUCAACAGGCAUGUGAAGUCAUCUUCUCUUCGAGUUUUGGUCUAUCAAGGAGUGAAGAAAGAUGGUUUUUUACAGCCCCAUUUUUUGGCAGAACAGGAUAUAGUUAUCAUUACCUAUGAUGUCCUGCGUUCUGAACUAAACUACGUUGAUAUCCCACAUAGCAAUAGUGAAGAUGGGCGCCGCCUGAGGAAUCAGAAACGCUAUAUGGCCAUUCCCAGCCCCCUGGUAGCCGUGGAGUGGUGGAGGAUCUGCCUUGAUGAAGCUCAGAUGGUUGAAUGUCCUGCAGUAAAAGCUGCAGAAAUGGCCCAGCGUUUGAGUGGGAUUAAUCGGUGGUGUAUCAGUGGCACUCCAGUACAGAGAGGAUUAGAGGAUCUUUUUGGGCUAGUGGUCUUUCUUGGUAUUGAACCUUACUGUGUCAAACAUUGGUGGGUUCGACUUCUCUAUCGUCCUUACUGCAAAAGAAACCCUCAAUUUCUCUACAGCUUUAUUGCCAAGAUACUGUGGAGAUCUGCAAAGAAAGAUGUGAUUGACCAAAUCCAGAUACCACCUCAGACUGAAGAAAUCCACUGGCUCCACUUUUCUCCAGUGGAAAGGCAUUUCUAUCACCGUCAGCAUGAGGUGUGCUGCCAGGAUGCGGUGGUAAAACUCAGGAAGAUUUCUGACUGGGCUCUGAAGCUCAGCAGUCUGGACAGAAGGACUGUCACCUCCAUCCUGUAUCCGCUGCUGAGGCUCAGGCAGGCCUGCUGCCACCCACAGGCUGUGCGUGGGGAAUUCUUGCCACUCCAGAAAAGUACCAUGACCAUGGAAGAGCUGCUGACAUCGUUGCAGAAGAAAUGUGGCACAGAAUGUGAAGAAGCCCAUCGACAGCUAGUCUGUGCCCUCAAUGGCUUAGCAGGCAUUCAUAUCAUUAAAGGUGAGUAUGCCUUGGCAGCUGAACUGUACAGAGAAGUUUUGCGCUCAUCUGAGGAGCACAAAGAAAAACUCAAAACUGAUUCACUGCAAAGACUUCAUGCUACUCAUAACUUAAUGGAAUUGCUGAUAGCCAAGCACCCAGGGAUCCCUCCUACGUUAAGAGAUGGCAGACUUGAGGAAGAGGCCAAACAGCUGCGAGAGCACUACAUGAGCAAGUGUAAUACGGAAGUCACCGAAGCCCAGCAAGCUCUGCAGCCUGUGCAGCAGACCAUUCGCGAGCUCCAAAGAAAGAUUCAUUCUAAUUCUCCUUGGUGGCUGAAUGUGAUUCACAGAGCAAUAGAAUUUGCUAUUGACGAAGAGCUUGUUCAACGAGUGCGAAAUGAAAUAACCAGUAACUACAAGCAACAAACUAACAAGCUUUCAAUGUCAGAAAAGUUUCAUGACUGCAGAGGUCUUCAGUUCUUACUUACAACACAAAUGGAAGAGCUGAAUAAAUUCCAGAAGCUGGUAAGAGAAGCCGUAAAAAAGCUGGAGGGGCCUCCAUCUCGUAAUGUUAUUGAAUCUGCAACAAUCUGCCACCUCAGACCCGCUAGACUUCCUCUCAACUGCUGUGUCUUUUGUAAAGCUGAUGAAUUGUUUACAGAAUAUGAAUCAAAGCUGUUUUCUAACACGGUCAAAGGUCAGACUGCAAUAUUUGAGGAGAUGAUAGAAGAUGAAGAAGGACUUGUAGAUGAUCGAGCACCUACAACCACCCGGGGUCUGUGGGCAAUAAGUGAGACAGAGCGGUCUAUGAAAGCACUCCUGUCAUUUGCAAAAUCACAUAGAUUUGAUGUUGAGUUCAUUGAUGAAGGAAGUACGUCAAUGGAUCUCUUUGAAGCAUGGAAGAAGGAAUAUAAGUUGCUUCACGAAUAUUGGAUGGCUCUGAGGAAUCGUAUAUCUGCUAUUGAUGAACUUGCAAUGGCAACAGAACGACUAAGAGUGCGUCACCCUAGGGAACCAAAGCCCAGCCCACCCGUUCUUCAUAUCAUUGAACCACAUGAGGUAGAACAAAAUCGUAUAAAACUACUAAAUGAUAAAGCCGUUGCUACAUCACAGCUUCAGAAAAAACUUGGGCAGCUUCUUUACCUAACUAAUUUGGAGAAGUCUCAAGACAAAACAUCAGGAGGUAUUAAUCCAGAACCUUGUCCAAUCUGUGCACGACAGUUGGGAAAACAGUGGGCAGUACUGACCUGUGGGCACUGUUUCUGCAAUGAAUGUAUUGCUAUUAUUAUCGAACAAUACAGCGUGGGGUCUCACAGAAGCUCCAUUAAGUGUGCCAUCUGCCGCCAAACCACAUCUCACAAAGAAAUCUCAUAUGUCUUCACCUCAGAGAAAUCAAGCCAGGAAGAGGACAUCCCUGUGAAGGGCAGCCAUUCAACAAAAGUGGAAGCUGUGGUCAGAACUCUGAUGAAAAUACAGCUUAGAGAUCCAGGAGCUAAAGCACUUGUUUUCUCAACGUGGCAAGAUGUAUUAGAUAUUAUUUCAAAAGCUCUCACUGACAACAACAUGGAAUUUGCACAGAUCAGUCGCGUUAAGACAUUUCAGGAGAAUCUUUCAGCAUUUAAACGUGAUCCCCAAAUCAAUAUUUUGCUGCUGCCCCUGCACACAGGUUCUAAUGGAUUAACUAUCAUUGAAGCAACUCAUGUUCUCCUGGUGGAGCCCAUAUUGAACCCCGCCCAUGAGCUUCAGGCCAUAGGGAGGGUGCACCGAAUUGGACAGACAAAACCCACUAUUGUACACAGAUUCUUAAUUAAAGCAACAAUAGAAGAACGAAUGCAGGCCAUGCUCAAAACUGCUGAGAGGAGUCAUACAAGCUCAUCAGGGAAACAUUCCGAGGCCUCCGUCUUGACUGUAGCUGAUCUGGCAGACCUCUUUACCACAGAAACUGAAGAGCUUGACUGAACUUGAUCCAA